AGUAAGAGAUGAGUGAAGGAGAAGAAGAAAAGCAGUACUGGUUACUGAAAACAGAACCAGGAGAAUGGUCGUGGGAAGAUCAAAGAGCAAACGAAGGAAUAUCAAAGUGGGAUGGAGUAAAAAAUAAACAAGCUCAAAAGUAUAUGAAAUCGAUGAAAUUAGGAGAUCUUUGUUUCUUUUAUCAUUCAGGUAAUAAAUCUCGUAGAAUUGUUGGUGUUGUAUCUGUAAUCAAAGAAUGGUAUUUUACUGAUGAUGAUGAGAAGGAAGGAGCUGUAGAUGUUAAAGAAGUUGGUGAGAUGAAUAGACCUGUUGAUUUGAAAGAGAUGAAAGGUGAAGAUGGGUUGAAAGGGUUUGUGUUGUUUAGACAACCUAGGUUAUCAGUUGUUCCUGUUCCUAAGAAUAUUUGGGAUAAACUUUGUGAAAUUGGGGGUGGGUUCACCAAAGAAGAUGAAGGAGAGGGAGGUGUUGUUCUAGAUAAGUUGGAUGAUUAGAUCAUCUUGGGAUCUUGGAUUAUAUUUUGGUUUUUAAUUGUCAUAUUUUAGGGAUUAGAUUAUCUUGCAAACAUAUUUGAUUUAUCCCAAUUUCUGUGUUUCUUAAUUUACAGCUUGUAUAUUACUUCCUACUAGGUGAAUGGUUUUCUUUUCAUCAAAAAGUUAGA